CUGAUCCUGGCAGCAUCAUCAUCAGCAUCUCCGGUUGUUCGGGUGUGCGCGCGUGUGUGACUUUGUCCUCGAUCGGGUUUUUUUUUCCUGUUUCUGUCGAUUGAUUGUGUUUUCGAAUCUUGAACUGUGACGAUUCUUGAGGCUUCGCACAUUCGGCUGGACGUCGAAAAGGAAUCGGAAGUUCGCGUCGAGUGAAAGCAAGGAACUUUCUCCGAGCCUGUUCGAAUCCUGGAAGAAGCUGACAAUGAAGCUUCUGCUAGCGAUCUGCGCCUGUGGGAUCGUGGGAAUCACCCUGGCCAUCAAAAUUAAGGUCCCCUCGAAAAACCGGAACGACGAUCUGUUCUCCGAGGAUGAGUUCACCUUUCCCGUGGAGGACACCAAAGAUCCUAGUAACUUCAGCGGGAACGUGAUGAAGGCCGGGAUCCUGAUGUCGCAGGUUAAGAACAAGGGUAAAGGCGAAUUUAAAUAUGCAGUUGAAACGGAGAACGGCAUCGAGGUGGAACAGAUCGGAAAGCUGCGCAGCGAUAACAAAACCUUUGUCGUCAUGGGAUCCUACACUUACACGGGAGCGAAUGGGAAACGGUAUCGCGUUCGCUACACCGCCGACGAAUUCGGGUACCAUCCGAUAACGGAGUUGGAUCUGGAUAUUCCAGAACCUAUCGGAGCACAACCGGUGGCUCGUCCGCAGCCUUUCACAUUCGCGCCAAGAGUAACAACGUCCAGAACUACCACGACUAGAAGUACGACGACGACGACGACCACAGUAGCGCCAGGACCCUCUAACGCCUACCUGCCUCCAUCCAAUGCGUAUCUACCACCAUCGAACACAUAUUUACCACCGUCCAAUGAGUACCUGCCACCAAAGACCGCAAAUGAACCUCCACCGGCGGAGCAGCUGCCACCGUACUACAGUCCCCAGCUGCCCCAAGAUCAAAACGUACUUUGAACGCGGAACACGGGGUUUUUCGGAAUCGUUCUCCAGUCUGAUAGCUAAGAGACUGUCUCGCCAGUUGUGUCCUACCGGUACUGCUACAGUGUACAUAUUGAAUUACUUUUAGGUUAAGUUAUUUAUAAAUAUACACAAUACAC